GCCGUAAUGUAUUGCCGCUAUGUCGAGAACGCUUGGUAAAGGACGGUCAACGAAGGUGGGAGAGGCAAAGUUUCGUUUUGAUUGAACCUCGUCUCCUUCCCUUGUUCCUAUUCUCAUACGAUCUUAUUAAAUCCUGAUCUCAUAUUUGCAUUUUCAUCAUGUCUUUCAGUCGUCUGGUGAGAUUCAUCCCCAAAUCCGGAACAGAAGCGUGCAUCGGUCAACCCACCGACUCAGAAUUAGAUGUUGGAGCAGCUAUUCGAGCGGGAAAAGAUGUCGAGGUCGAGGUAUUCAGCGGCUCGUCAGCUUUGAGCCCUGGAAGUUUGACGGGCAAGAAAGAAGUGAUUGGAAAGCUUCUUUCUCCUCUAGCUGAGUCGGAAGUGGGAACCAUUCGAUGUAUCGGACUGAACUAUGUGCAACAUGCACGCGAAGCCAAAAUGGCCAUUCCCGAAAUUCCCGUGGUAUUCAUGAAGCCAUCGACAUCUCUAGCAGAUCCAUACCCAGCACCAACAAUCAUCCCAAAAUCCCAGCUCAGCACUGAUUCUUGUGAUUAUGAAUCAGAGCUGGUCAUCGUCAUUGGCAAGAAAUGCAAAGAUAUUUCAGAAGCUCAGGCUCUGGACUAUGUUCUUGGCUACACUGCAUCGAACGAUGUAAGCAGUCGAGCAGCUCAAUUUGCUCAGAGCCAGUGGAGUUACAGCAAAGGAUUCGAUGGCGCUUGCCCAAUAGGUCCCGUGCUUGUAUCUAGAGAUCUGGUUCCAGAUCCCGCAAAGUUGAAAUUGAGAGGGUUGAAGAAUGGAAAGGUGAUGCAAAAUUGUGGCCUUGACGACCUCAUCUUCUCUGUACCGAAAAUCGUGUCUUUCCUUUCUCAAGGAACCACUUUGAAUCCAGGUACCAUCAUUCUGACAGGAACGCCAGCAGGUGUUGGAUUCAGCUUUGAUCCAAAGGAGUACUUGAGAGAUGGGGACGAGUUCGCGGUUGAGAUUCUGCCUUAUAUCGGAACUCUCGUCACGAAUUUCGAGGCCGAAAAAUAGAUAUUGCACGUAGCAUUGAUAAAAUGUUCCAAAUCACUCCCUCUACCCCGCCUCUUCUGCAGUACGUAGUCCCAGCUCAACCAGUCAACUUUCAAC